AGAUUCCAUGCAACAAAAUGUUCCUAGAAAUCGCCGUAUCACUGUUUCUAAUUUCGUUUACCUGGUAUGCAUAUUCUUAUAUGAUAAGAAGAAAUAUGCCACCGGGGCCCAUACCCUAUCCGUUCAUUGGCAACAUUCCUCAUAUGAUGUGUGAUCCUGUAAAUCCAUUCGGCCACCUGGCAGAGAAAUAUGGAGAUAUAUACAGUCUAUCGCUUCCCAUGGGAAAUGUUGUUGUUGUCAGUACCUCUUCCCUCAUAAGAGAUGCAAGGCUCGGGAGAAACGAUGAUCUAUCCGGAAAAUCAGCGAAAAGUAUGUUUCCAUUCCCUGACAUUUUGGGAAACGAUUUAGCAGUAGCAGAUUUUUCUACGGCAUAUUUAUUUCGCAAAAGAGUAUUUAAAUCAGCAAUACAUAUUUUUGGAAGUGGUAUCGCCCAAGCGGAAGAUCGAGCUAGGCAUGCAGUUGACCUAGCGAUUGCAGAAAUCGAGACACAAAGGCCAGAGCCUUUUUCCCCUAAGAAGGUAUUUGAGUCUGCUAUAUAUGCGCAGAUAUGGGAAUGGCUCACUUCAAGAAGGGUACCAUUGAAUGAUCCCACAAUAAAAUCAUUAAUCAACUUUGGGGAUACUCUUGUUGGAUUGCCCGUUAUAAGCGUAUUAUAUCAAGCGAUACCGUUUCUAUCGUAUUUGCCAUCGAAAUUUCAACGGGAAAUAAAACGAGCACAAAAGAUAAGGGAUGAUUUACUUACCGCGGAGUUCAGAUACCAUCAGCAAACAUACACUCCUGGUGUCAUUCGCGACCUCACUGACAGUUUUAUAUGUGCCUAUGAAAAGGAAAACGCGAAAGAGUCACGCAAAGAUAUUGGGUCAGUAGAAGACAUCCCUUAUUUAAUGCUUGAUGUCGCUUUUGCAGGUGCAGAUACAACUUCUGCUUCACUUGCCUGGUUUUUCCUGUUCAUGGUGCGUCAUCAGGAUAUUCAGAAGAAACUUCAUGAAGAACUGGACAGAGCGGUAAUGGAAAAUGGCUGCUUGCCAUCUUCGGUUGAUCCUGAUGAAAUGCCAUAUAUGCAGGCGACUAUAUGUGAAAUUGAAAGGGUGUCGGGUUUAGUUAUAACGACAGCGACAAAUGCUAUUCGGGACAUCACUCUUGGCGGUUAUCAUAUUCCAAAAGGUUGUUUAGUUGUGCUCAAUAUCAGAAAGGUACACCUUGAUGAAAGAGAAUGGCCUGAGCAUGAUAAAUUUAAACCGGAACGAUUUCUCGAUUCUGCUGGAAAGUUUAUUGGUUGGUCAAAGCUUCCAGGUUUUAUACCGUUUGGUUUGGGUCGUAGAGAAUGCCCAGGGCAAUCGUUGGCAAAGAUCAUGAUGUUUACAUUUGCUUCAACAUUAUUACAUCGUUACAAGAUUGAAUUGCCAGAUGGGGGAGAUCUUCCAACUACAGAACCUUCAGAAUCUGAUGCAACUGUUGCCACUGUUCGCCCCAAAAAUUUUCAGGUCGUUGCGAAGAAACGAUUUUAAUUCCAAGAACUAAAUCGUGGAGUGUUAGUCAAAGUGAUAUUACACAUUUUAUUUUAUUCAUUUUCAGGUUAUACGCGAUUUGAACAAUCUGAUUGGCUAAAAAUAGUGCGAUUACAGCCCAAGUCGAACAAUUUUAGAGCUGGAAUCGUACUAUUUUGGGGCCUAUUUUAGAAUGUGUAUAACAUACACAUUCCGACUUGAAAACAGUCUAAAUAGCUUUUUUUAUUGCGAUUCGAACAAGACUAUAAUUAACGAAAAAGAUGUAUUUGAAGGGGCUGAAGUUAUGUUCGGCCUAGUAAUACAUUGUUCAAUUGGAUUUUCGAACAAAUUAUGUGAUAGACUUUACCGAUUAUUCUUUUUUACCCAAUUGCUUCGUUUCCAUGUUAACUUAUUUUAGCAUGUCAGGGGCAGAUAAAGAUUAUAUUCCCAUGUUUUCCUGGACGAAUUUGUUUCUUGCUGUUAUUUAGGCUCAAUAAAAAAGUUAUUUUCAACCCUACUAAGCACAAAACAUGAGUAAAGGCCCUGUUACACGGUGCAAUUUUUCAUGCAACUUGUCUCGCAAUGGCGUUGCUAGACAAGUUGCACGAGUCAUUGCCCCGUUUAACAUGCCUUGCAAUGGUCAAAAUCGUUGCGAGACAAGUUGCAUGAAGCAUUGCACAGAGUAGAAGUCGGUUCUAGUUUUGGCAACGAUUGCACUAAUUAUUUUUAGCAUUGCAGCGUGUAACAUGGCUUCGUGCAACCUGUCUCGCAAUGUUUAUAGCAUUGCGAGACAAGUUGCAUGAAAAAUUGCACCGUGUAACAGGGCCUUAAGUAUUUAACAUGAAAACGAGGCAAUUGGGUAAAAUAGAAUAAUCGGUAAGGUCUACUUGGUGAAAUAUGAUAUUACUUGACAACAAAACACUAACAGUUGAGAUCGAGGAACCAAGAAACAAGUCUUUCCUUAUAACUACUUGGUAUCGUCCGCCAUCAUCUGAAAUCAGUAUUAUGAGCAAAUUUGAACAAUUGCUUAAAAAUCUUGAAGAUUGUAAUAAAGAAUCAAUUAUACUAGGUGACUUCAAUUGCAAUAUUCUUGCUAAAGAAAUCGAUACUCACACCUCUACUAUCCUGUCCCUGUAUGAUGAGUACCAGUACACACAAUUAAUCGAUAAUCCUACUCGUGUGACUGAAAAUUCUGGUACCUUAAUUGAUCACUUAAUUUCAAAUAUGCCACAUAAAGUUACAACAACUGCUGUUUCUAAUAUUACUAUAAGUGAUCACUAUUUAAUUUAUGCCAUUCAUCGCAAUAUGCCCCCAACGUGAAAGGCCCAGACUCAUUGAGACUAGAAAUUACAAAGAUUUUGACGCUGAAAGUUUUUUAUAUGAUUUUUCAAAUCAACUUUGGAAUAAUAUUAUUAAACAACUUGAUGAUCCCAAUGAGAUGUUAUCGACUUGGAAUACAUUAUUUCUAAAUACGUUAAAUACUCACGCACCUAAAAGAAGAAAACGUGUCUGACGUGACCUGGAUUACUCCUGACAUUAAAAAGCUCACGUUUGAAAGAGAUAAUUUGAAGAAAAAAGCUACUGUAUCUAAAACUAGUCGCACUUGGGAGCUUUACCAAAAAGCAUAGAAUAAAACAAACAAUAAAAUUCUGGAAGCGAAGCGAAAUUAUUAUAUCUCGAAUAUUAAAACAAGUAAAGG